AUGCAGAUGAGUGUUCGCGUACGAGACUUGAACGAUCAUAUUACGUGCGGACUGUGUAAAGGAUAUCUCGUCACCGCCACUCUUGUCACGGAAUGUCUUCAUGCUUUUUGUAAGAGCUGCAUCGUAAAACACGUGGAGCAGAACAAACGUUGUCCCACGUGUAACACACUAAUUCAUCAAAGUCAACCUCUCAAUCACAUAAGAAUCGAUCCGACGUUACAAGAAAUUGUCAAUAAACUUAUUCCGCAUUUACAACAAUCCGAAAUAAACCGGGAAGAACAAUUUUAUAGACGUGCUGGGAUAUCAAUGCAAAUGAAAGAGCGAAAACGGAAAUUUUCGGAUUCGAGAAAUGUCGAUGUAGCGAAGAAAGUGAAUUUUCAUCGAGAUGAUGAUCAGCUGUUUGUCUCACUAGAACUUUCUUACAAGCACAAGCUCAAACUAACUAGGCAAAACAAAGAUGGCGCUUUAAGACCUCUGGAAAGAAAAUAUAUUCGGUGUUCUCAUCAUGCAACAAUAGGUCAUCUCAAGAAGUUGGUGCGGAGAAAACUCGGUCUCUCGGACGCAUUCGAGAUUGAUAUUACAUGUAAAGGGCAGCUGCUGGGAGCCGAUCAUACAUUACAAUUUAUUGCUUUGACGACAUGGCGGCACAAGCCUGAACCGGUCAUGCUGGAAUUCGGAAAAGGAGAGACUCACGUGCAGGAAAGAGUGAACGAUAUUUCAUUUUCUAGACAUUAUUAUUAGUAAUUUAAAUAGAAAUUACUAAGAAAGAAUUAAUUAAAUAUGUAAAUAGAAUGCACUACUACACCAUAAUGCAUAAUCACUAUAUGCAGGAUUUACAGCAGUCAUCAAACAAAUACGGGGUACUGGUGUUUUCUAGCACGUGCUUUACUUAAACAACAAAACGUGCAUCUAGAAUUUUCAAGUUCGCUGUAGUUUUUUGUUUUCUAAAUUGAAUGUAUUUUGGU